AUGGGCGGCCCAGUCGCCGGGGUGGACGGGAAUUGGCGGUGCCCGGCCUGUCAGAACGUCAAUUUCGCCGUCCGCGAUGCGUGCAACCGCUGCGGGGCGCCGAGGCCGCCCGAGGACCAGUGGCGCACCGGCCCUAAGGGCUCGCCGCCGGCCCUUGUGCACAAGGAGGUCAAGGGGGGCAAGGGUGGCAAGCCGGUCGUCGGCGUGAACGGCAACUGGCUGUGCGGGUCGUGCGGAAACGUCAAUUUCGGCGUCCGCGACGCGUGCAACCGGUGCGGGGCGCCGAGGCCCGAGCGCGAGUCGGAGGCCGAGGCUGGGGCGGACUUCCUGGUCGCCGGGGUGGGCGGCGCCUGGGAGUGCGGCCGCUGCGGGACGGCCAACUACGCAGAGCGCCACGAGUGCAACCUGUGCGGCAGCCCGAAACCGGAGGAGCAGCACGCCAGGGGCACGAAGAGGCGGGCGGGCGGGGGCGGCCCGCCCGUCGCCGGGGUGGACGGCAACUGGUCCUGCACGAGCUGCGGCAACGUGAACUACGCGGUGAGGCAGGCGUGCAACCGGUGCCAGGCGCCCAGGGCGCAGAGCCAGCACGUGCCCGUGCGCGUGCCGCCCGUGCGCGUGCCUCCGAGGACGGAGAUCGUGGGGCUCGUGGCGAGGAGAGGCCCGGGAGGAGCCCCUGUCGCCGGCGUCGACGGCAACUGGUCAUGCGCCCACUGCCACAACGUCAAUUUUGCUCACAGGGAGGUGUGCAACCGCUGCGGGGCGCACCGGCCGCAGAGCUUCCCCAAGGGGGGCGGCAAGGGCGUCGCCCCUGUCGCGGGUGUGGACGGCAAUUGGCAGUGCCGCUACUGCAACAACGUGAACUAUGCCGUGCGGGCGGAGUGCAACAGGUGCGGCGCGCCGAGGGAGGAGGACCAGGCGCCGCCGCCGCAGCACCGGCCGCUGAUUCACGUCGGCGGAGGCUGUGGGAGGGGCGUCGCUCUGGGAGCCAUGCCGCACCAGAACGGCGGCAGCAAGGGCAGCAAGGGCCCCCCUGUCGCUGGCAUAGGCGGCAACUGGAAGUGCCAGUUCUGCGGGAACGUGAACUUCGCCGUGCGCGACGCCUGCAACCGGUGUGCGGCGUCGAAGGUCGAUGCCGAGGCCCCAGUGAUCGCCAAGGGCAAGGGCGGCAAGGGCCCGCCGGUGGCGGGCGAGAACGGCAAUUGGGGGUGCCUCCAGUGCGGCAACGUGAACUACGCCUCGCGCGAUGCCUGCAACCGCUGCGGGGCCCCAAGGCCGGAGGAUGCGGAGGACGCCGGCCCCGAGGCCAAGCGGGCAAGGCGCUCAGAGGAGGAGGAGGAGGUGGCCUGGCUGGCCGCGAGCGAGACGUUCCAGCAGGCGGAGGUGGCGGCCUCCUACAGCUGA